AUGCAACUAAGGGGGGAAACCAAAUCCCCAAAAAAUUCAAGUACCCCGCCUUCCCCAAAAAUCAAACCUCACAAUAUCUUUCACGGAGUCGGCGAUUGGGGGUCUACGACUCCUCAAACUCGAAACACCGAUGAUUUUAAGGCUUUUCAUGUCCCCGAUAUCAAAGAAGAACUAGGGUUUUUACUUUUUAUGCUCCGGACCUCACAAGUGCGCACCCAUGAAGUGGGGAUUUUAUUAGCCAAUCGCAUUCAUUUUCACUAUUAUUGGUUCAUUAGCCAAUCGCCAACCACUGCUCACAGAACUUGGCCGUCGUCAGUUUACGCCAACAAUGUGUCUGAAUACAAUAUCGUCAUUGGAUCUCUCACUUAUCAAAGAAGGUAUGUCUCUCGCCACGCUUUUUCCAUUUCUUACUUAAUCAACAACAGCACACCCUUUUUCACUCCACUCUUUCUCUUUCUACAAACAACCAAGAAGCAGCAGCAACAACACAAGAAAGAUGGGCGAAGGAAAAGGCUCAUCCCUAGUUCAUCUUCUAGUUAUCAUCUUAUGCUUAGUUGCUUUUGGUUUCGCCAUUGCCGCCGUAGCAUCGUUGAAGGAGCCAUGGAACACUCGUACAGCUACUAUUCUGGUUGUAAUGGGACAGACCAUGCUUCUGGAGCUUAUAUCUUCUGUCCUAAUGCCACAUUUCCAAUAAAAUCUCAAGGGCAGAAAGCUUUUACUAGGUUUAGCAAGGUGGCAGCCUGA